CCAGCAGUGCCCACACACCAGUUCCACCCACCUUUGCCCAGCAGUGCCGCCUACCAGUGCCCAGCGGUGCCACCCACCAGUGCCAGCAGUGCCACCUACCUGUGCCCAUCAGUGCCACCCACCUGUGUCACCCACCUGUGCCCAUCAGUGCCACCCACCUGUGUCACCCAACUCUGCCCAUCAGUGCCACCCACCUGUGCCCAUCAGUGCCACCUACCUCUGCCCAUCAGUGCCACCCAUCAGUGCAGCCCAGCAGUGUUGCCAGUCAGUGCCCAGCAGUUGUGCCAGUCAUCAGUGCCACCUAUCAGUGCUGACUAUCAGUACCCAUCAUCAGUGCCGCCUAUCAGUUCCACCUAUCAGUGCCGCCUAUCUGUGCCACCUCAU